AUGCUUCCAUAUUGGUUAUCAUCUUGGUACCGUCAACAACAACAACAAAUACAAUUACAAGAACCAUUUCAUGAUCAACAAUAUGAUACAGAGGAAGGAGAGUGGGUCGAAGUCAUAGCACCCACUACAAAGAGACGGCAACCACAAAAAAUAAUAGAGGAACAAAAAGAAGAGGAAGGAGAAGAAGCAUUGGUGGUUGAGAAACGGUUAUCUCGGCAAGAAAGAAGAGCAAAUGCUCGGUUGGAAAUUCGAGAAAAGAAGAAACAAGCUCGUCAACAAGCAAUGGUCUCGAGACUUGUUGCCGUUAAAUAA